CCUCAAGGGCCUCAGGAGCAACUCAAGGACAUUCACAAGAUCAAGGAUCCAGCCAAGAAGAGACAGGCCUUUCUGGACUUCCAGAUGGAGCUUGGCAAAUUGGAGGUGAAGUUGGACAGCUGAGUGCCAACCUGCCCGUCGACCUGAUUAGCCCCGAUGUCACCCGUGUCGUUAGUGGCUGUCUGUCCUCCAUGAGUGAUGACCUCACCGAAAUGAGGGCCAGCGCCCAGGCUGAUUUGGAUGGAUUGCCCAUACCUGAUGUCACCCUGGAGGCUCCCAGUGUGUCCCUCUCUGCUGAUCUGAGCCUGCCCAAGGGAGACGAUGAUGACAGCAAGAAGAAGAAGAAGGAUAAGGAUGACACACCUCUGGCAAGUCCAAGAGCUCCUUCUUUGGUGGCCUCUUCAAGUUCAAGCUACCCGACUUCUCUGGCUUCAAGUUUGAAGGCAAACCCAGUUCUGUCGAGGUGGACAAGCUCAUGAAAGACCUGCCUGAGCCGGAUGAUUAUGCUGAAGAGGAGCAAGACUGGACACUGCUGUUUGGCCGUCUGCGCUAGGGCAAGGACCAGGAGGAGGUGGAACAUGACCUGCUAGGCCUGCUCAAGUUGCUCUACAAGCGCCUCAAGGGCCUCAAGAAGCAACUCAAGGACAUUCGCAUGAGCAAAGAUAUCUUUGAGAAGCAACACUUGCUUGAGCAGUUCCGGAUCAAUUUCUUGCAUUUUGAGGAAGACUUGAAUGUGUUGUGGGAGAGUGUUCCAAAAAUGGCAGCGUCAUUUGAUAUUUAUCGUGUCGCUUUUGGGUUUUUGGCGUCAAUCAAAUUCUCGGAGAUUCCUCAUCUUCGUUAUGAAAAUAGCUUAGAAAUAGAAGCUGUUGAAGGCGUGAAUGCCUCGUCUUCUGCCAUUGAUACAGUCCAUGAAGACAUUUUGCGAAUUCAUGAGAAUUUGUUAUACCAUGAGCUUUGCAAUGUUUUGUUUGAUCAUUUUGCCAUCAAGUUCCGUAUUUGUUCUCUAUCUCAAGGGAACAGAACAUUUGCGAAUAUCUUCCUCUCAGAAGAUUCAUUAAUGUACAAAAAUCUGAUGGACAAUGGAUUAAGGAUUAAUGCGUUUGAUUAUUAUCUGAGCAUGGACAAUCUCUACUGCACGUCCAUUGCAUGCCAAAAGGAGGUCGAGGAAGUGAUUAUGUCUCGUGAAGCUAUCAUCCCGAGGAAGUCCAUCCCCCAUCUCUUCUCUUCUGUCGCCCAAAUAGAUUUCAGCGCUUGUUCAUCAGAUCAAAUCUGGAAUCGUGAUCUUUUGUUGUCGGGACAACAGUUGUGCCAAAAUGUGAAGAAGCAAAGUGAAGAUGUACGCGUUGAAGACUCAUCUUACUUUAAGAUGGUAUUUUCUCAGUGCAAAGAGAAGUUCAAGAGGUUGAAUGUUCAAAGUGGGCUGAACAUUAAUAGCUCUCUUCCUGUUUCAGUGGCAUCUUUGACUGAAGUAGAUUUGCUUUUGGAGAACAUUCAAACCUUUCGGGAGACCAUUCCCAAGUCAGAAGACUCUGCCAGAAUGACCCAGCUCAUCAACGACAUCGCUUCCCUAAAGCAAUUGAGCUAUGUUACCGUGCAGGAACAAGCAAAUGCCAUUUCAAUUCUUUCCGAGUAUGAGAAUAUUGCGGCAUGUCUGAAUGCUUGGAUGGAACAAACAGAAAACGAGCUGGAUUGUAUGGGAAAAAGCCAAAAUGAAGACGAACAGCCGCUGUUGUUGAUCAUAAGCGAAAGAGACACUUUUCAGCCAAGUUUAGACCGAUCCACUGAACUUUUUCAUGCGCUUUUGGCUUCUACCAAACUCUCCGAUGAAAUGGAUCAAAGACGAUUCCAUGCUUCGUUGGAGCAGCAAUGGGAACGAAUCAAGAAAACUCUGGACAAUCGGUUGAAGAAAAAGAAGAAGAAACAUAUUGCGGUCAAUGAUUUGGGGGAAAUUUUGGCUCAAGCUAAGGGAAACCUUUCAGAAAUGGAUAACGUCCUCACCGAACCAAUUCGGAUUUCGUCGGAUGAACAACUCAUUGUUGAGAAAAGGAAACACAUAUUUCUCAAGGAAACAUUGAACGAAAUCCAUUAUGACCUGAAAGAGUGUUCCCAAUUUAAAAAGAUGCCUAGGGAAUAUGGAGAGGCUCUUGGACAAUUCAAGUUGGGCUUUGAAUCAUAUGAAGAGCAAGUUGCUCUCAGAAUCACCGAAAUCGAUCAUCUCAUAAACGAAAUGCGACAGGUCAAUACACAGAUCCGAACCAUCGAAAGCGUUGUGGAAAUCUCUCAACAGAAGAUAGAAUCCCUUCAAAAAUUGACCAAUGGAGACAAGUUCAAUCAAGUUAUCCCAGUUUUAAAGGUUGUUCUUUGUGAUCUAGGAGCAUCCAAUGACCUCAUAGAGAGGAUUAGGCACAAUUCCCAGACCAUGGACAAUCGAUACGAGUCACUAAAUUUGAUGAUUGACCCAUUGAUACGAAACAAAUUAGAUGAUCUCGACCACCAGAGAAAGGGUUUGGUCACAAACCUGGAGAAUCUUAUUGAACAAAUUCAAGAGGAUCGAAAUGUGAUCAAUGCUCAUCGUACUUUAUUGGAAGACAUUCAAGGCAAAAUUUCAGCCACCGGACAUCAAUUGGAUCUUCUCGUUCAGACGGGCGAUAUCACCCCAGAAACCUUAUCUCAAUCCCUUGACAAAAUCAAACUUCUUCGAGAAGAAUUUCAAACUUUGGAGACGGAUGUGAAUCGACUCAAGGGUCUAACAACUCAAGUGUUUCAGUCGAAUGUAGUGAAUCUGAGCGAUUCGAUUGAUGUGAAUGCUCAAAUGCAAUCCCUCAUUGAGGCCUACAAUGAAAUGAGCAAGAAUUUGUAUGAACAAGAAAUCAAGUUUUCUAGUGGACUUCAGCUGUGGAACAAUUGGUCCGAGUUGUUCAAGAAUGACAACACAUGGGCAAAUGCUGUGGAUGAAGAAUCAUAUCAUAUUAGUUUGAGCAUGAAUCUGCCUAGUUCAACCCAAAAUGACUUCCAUUCUUACGACCAACGCAUCCAGGCCCUUCGAUAUGAGCUCUCGGAGAAAGAAGAACGCCUACAACAACUGAAACAGAUCACCACCGAUAUCGUUCUCAAUGCUUCCAUGGAUGAAGUGGGACAAUCCCUUCUUCAGUCACAGGUAGAGCACUUGAGCCACAAACUGAUGGUGCUCAAGGAUGCCUUGAGCAUUCUAAAUGCCAGGGCUGAGGUGCGGAAGAAAGCUCACCAGAGAUGCCACGACCAAAUCCAAAAGAGCCGGUCGAAUCUCAAAGACAUGCGACAUACCAUCGAGUCCGUUGAGUCCGAGAGUGAUGUGGACUCAACCGCAUCCGACGAACAACUUUCUCAACUAAGGAACCAACUUCUAGCUCUAGGCAGAGCAGAGUCCGAGCUGACAGCUCUUAAUGAGCCGAUUGGAGCCGCUCAUGAGACCUCGCCUUUACCCGUGCCCAGUGAUAGUCAGCCAAAGCUUUUGCCUCAGGAUCAACAAAGCGAUUUAACAUCAAUUCUGGAGGACUGGCAAAACGUGUUCCAUGACACAUUCGUCCAAUACCACCGACUGUCUACGAAUCUUGCGGCCCACGAAGACAUAUCAUCCACCGUGAACAUUUGGCAGCGAUACCUCAAGCACGUCCAAUCCUUCCUCCAAGAUCGAAUCGCUAAUAAUAUGAUAACCUUGACCGAGCAGCAACGCUUGGGCGACGUUCAUCAUCGAAUUCUGUCCGGACACCAUCAAUUGGUCAGGUCUCAAUUGGAUCAAAUGCAAGCCAAAGAAGCCUCUGGAGAACCCACCAACAAGGCUCGAAAGGCCAUCGUGACUCAAUUGGACAACCUGUCCCGAUCUCAUGAGGAGGUCAUGAAACGCAUCACUGAUAGAAAUGUCGACAUUAGUGAACGCUUAGAGAAAUGGAACAAAUAUAGGUAUACGCAAGAGAGCUUGUUCGAAUGGCUCGAGCGUCUGGAAAAACGAAAGAUCACUUUGAAUCUCAAGCAUGUCCAGGUGGAAGCAGUUCCUGCGCUUUUGGAACACAUCCAGUCAUUGUUGGAUGAGAUUCCGAAAGGAGAAGCUUUCGCUAAGGAUUUGGAGGCUCAAUUGAAAGUUCUCUUGCAAACUGCGGCCAUCAAGGGCAAGAAACCCGCUCCUAUUGAUGAGAUCCUCCAGAAGAGCCUUCAGCUUGAGCUUCACGCUAUGAAGGAACGAAUCUCAAGUAUCAAAGCCAGCCUAAAGACCUGGGUGGACCAUCUCACUCGGAUCCGAAAGUUGGAACAAACAUUUAAUAAGACUUUCAAAGAGGCAAAGGAGGACCUACGAAAACUCAAAGAGAGUCUCAACCGUUUGGAAAACGUUCCCGACAACACCGAAUCUGAAAAGCAGCUCAAGAAAUAUCGCUCCGAAGUCCAGGCGGCUCAAAAGGAGCUGGAGACUGUGCUGCCUCGUUUGUCCAAGAUUGCCGAUCUCCAGGAUGAACUACGAGAAUGCACCAGUCCUGCCGAUAUCAAAAAGGCCUCCCAUCAACUUUGGCUUCUUCGUCAUCAGCAUAGCGAUCUGGAGUUCCAUUUCAAGACUAGAGAGCGAAAGAUUCAAGAAGAUCUGGAUCUUGGUCCAAGAUUUGAGGAAACUGUGGAGCAAUUCAAUACAUGGGCUGAGGACCUCAAACGAAGACUCCAGGAUCUUGACGAAGAAAUGGCUACUCAGGGUUCCCAUUAUCUCACGGAUUAUGCGUCAAAGAUCGAGGCGGGCUUUGAUUCUGAACUAGAGAGCCAAGAACAACAAGUGGCUUGGAUUGAUGCCACCCGACAACGACUAGCCAAACGACCCAAGUCUUCGGAUUAUGUCAACAAGGCCAAACAAACUCAAGAGCGAUGGCUGGAGCUCAAGAAAAUGAGAGCUUCCAGAAUCGCUAAGGCCGAAGCCGCCAAAGCUGAUGCUAGGAAAAUCCUACAUGACCUUUCUGCAUUACGAAGCUGGAUCAGGGAGGUGGAGAUUAAGUUAAACCGACCUGUUCACUUGUCCAAUACCGAAGACAACGAAUACCAGAACAAACUCAAGGAAUAUCUAGAUAUUCAGAAGAAGAUCUCAAACAAGAGUCCUAAAGCUUCUGAAAUAUUCAACAAUUGUGACGUUUUCCUCACCGAGCCUCAAAACGCCGCUACAUACGAUUCCAUCAAGACGUCGUACUUCAGUCUCCAGAGACGAUGGGAUCAGAUCUGUUCCAAAGCCAAUGAACGUCAAGAGGAGUUGGAAAAGCUCUGGGAUGACUGGACGAAGUUCCAACAAGACCACGAGCGGCUCCAACUCUGGAUUGAUGGCCAAUUCAAAGAUCUUCGAUCUUUGGAGACUCAGGCCGUUACUACACCUUACAACGAGCUAGACAGACUAGAACAACACCUUACAGAUAUGAAAGACGCUCAUCAGCACAAGAAUGUAGAGCUUGAUCAUCUCAAUGACAACUACUGUGAUUUGGCCAGAGAAUAUCGGCUGGAUAAUGCUGACGAUCUCAAAACCAAAUUCAUUAGAGUCAACCAUGACUGGGAGACUCUUGGAACUGAGAUAGAGGCCAUGCUCAAGCGAAUUCGUCACUCAAGGAAAAUGUAUCAAGCCUACAUGACCAUGAGAGAGAAAGCUCUCAAUUGGCUCAGACAAAUUGACGCCGAACUCACCGAAGUAGAAUUCUCCUCACAACUCUCACCUGCAUCCAAGCGAUCAAGUCUGAGUCGCCUUCGACAAGAAAUGAAGGUUCGAAAUUCUCAAUUAGACAAAGUGGAAGAAACCAGCAUGAAUCUCAUCCAGAAGAGUGAACUAAAGGACGCGGAACAUGUCGAGGAAGUCGCUCAAGAGUUUUCCAAUUUACGGGGUGAUGUAACAUCCAGAUUGAACCGCCUCUGUGAAGAGUACCACGUGAUUGAUGUGCCGACAUUGACAGCAUCGGAUGAGGAGGGUCUUAGCCGAGGAUCCCCUGCUCCAUUCGCCGUCCAUGAAUCAAUUCAAGUGGAGACUCUUAAAUUCGAGCGUGAUGCUGGGGUGCAAGCCGACACCCUAACAUCUCAGUCUGUGAUGUCCGGACCAGAUUCUGGCGUGUCAGCCAUGUCAGCUAGUUGGCCAGUGAGCCCCAGUGGAGAACGCGAUGCCACUCCCGUGUCUGACUUGUCACCAGAUGAUGCUCCAGGAUUGGUAGAACGGUUCGUCUCCGAGUAUCAAGAACAACAACUCACCCAAACCGAGGCUAUCAAGGAGAGAGCCAAAGAGUCGACACACGAGUCCCUGCUUCUGGACAUUGAUAGAUACCUGAACGAAUUCGAUCAACACUUAACAGAGCUACAAUUAGCCCUUACUGAGGAUGAAGACCGGGUAGAACGAGGCGAGCCGACUAAGUCCUCGGAUGGGGGUGCAGCUGUAACGUCUGCUCCGAGCAUCUCCGCCCUCAUCGCACCAACCCUCAUGGUCUCGUCUCCUGAAGGACUAUCAUCUCAAGAUUUGGGACUUCUCCUUGCGUCAUGCCGAUCCACGCAAGAUUUGGUCACUCAUCUGAACAACCAGCUCAUGUCACAACAUCAUGACCAAUCGAGGGUCGAUCAAGUCCGGAAAUUGAAGAACAAACUUUCAGAACUCGAAGUUCGAUUGCGGAAUCUACGCACGAGCGAUUCCCAUGACAACAGCCAAACGAUUCUAAGUGAUGCUACUUUGGUGGAGACUGAGAGAGUACACGUUGUUGAUGAUGAUGAUGAUGGAGCAAGAGUAGACAGCGAAUCCAAAUGUCCAUUAUGUAAAAGACAAAAUUGGAAGCAACUUAACAGAGAGAUGUGGAGGCUGGAGAAGUGGCUGGAAAUGGCCAAAGCCACCUUGAAAUCAAAUACAUCUGUCCCAAGGAGUAUGGAACAAUUGGAGGACGCCAUCCAAGAUCACAGAGAAUUUCUCCUAGAACUUGACUCACAUAAGUCGUUGAUCAUGUCCAUCAAUGUGAUCGGAAGCCACUUGUCCGAACAUUCCCGAGACAAGCCCAAGGUCGAAAAACUCCAAGAGCGUUUAUCUAGUAUCAACGCUGCGUGGGACAAUACUUGCGAAGAGGCCAUGCUUUGGAGGGUCAAACUUCAAAACUCAUUGUUACAAAACUCGGAAUUCCAUCGCACAAUCGAUGAGUUAUCUAAAUGGUUGGAGAAGACAACCGCGACCAUACGAUCCUCCGAACCUGUUGAUCUUACUGUGGCCCCUGAGCUUUUGGAAGCCAAGUAUCAAAAGUUUUUGGAACUGCAUGGCGAGCUUCAACGAUACGAACCUCGGAUUGUUAGCCUCCAAGAAGCGGCCGAAAACUCGGAUUGUGAUGAGGUCAAACAAAUGCUCUCUGCUUUGGCUCAAAAGCUGCGGAUUCUCAUCAAUGUAUGUCAUGUGUAUGCCUCAAGAUUGGCCAAAGCUCUGGGAAAAGAACCCAUGGACGGGGCAUCAGCACUUUCCGAGGGUGACCUAAUUUUGCCAACCCUGUCAGACGAGUUAUUGCAUUUGCCUGGAAUCAGUCCACCAACCACGAGUUCUGCAGCUAGUCUCCAACCGGAUAAGCCUGACAGCACUUCCGACAGCGUUGGUAUGAAUACAGGCGUCUUGUCCCGUAGUUAUCGCUUCUUGGGACGAGUGGUUCGUGCAGCAGUUCCAAUUCAAGCCAUGAUGCUACUGCUCCUGGGUGUGUCCUCCAUCGUUCCUCUUGACAGGGACGAACUUAUUUGUACCUUGCAAAAUAAUCUCGAGCGUUCCUUGGAACCGAUGCUUCGAUGGUCUGAAGGUCCACCCCCCAUUUAAGGAACAUCUAAUCUUCAUUCCAAUAUCAAGUACUCGAAGAAACUCAAAUAUUCACCAAGUGCCAAUGUCAAUACCGAACAAUACUAAUGACGAGGUGAUCACGGGAAUGCCGAGCCCGUGGCAGCUUAAGAAUCAUGAACUAUUUUUUAUAUAUUUAUGUUGACAUAUGCAAGCUAUACUAUGAAAUAACCUCAUGUUGUGUAACCAACACAAACUUCCGGUGCUAUUUCAAUCCAUGACGAGAUCAUUAACAUUUACCAAUUCGUAUAUUGUAAGCUGUACAUAGAAAUGUGAAAGAAAAUUAUCAUUGUUAACCCAUA